CGGCUGCGGCCUGAAGAGACACAAGGGAAGUCGCUGUCGCCACAGUCGGAGUCUCCGCCGCCGCCGCCUCUUGGAACAGCUGGGACCCUCCGCCUCGCCUCCCGCGCCAUGCCGUCGGAGAAGACCUUCAAACAGCGCCGAACCUUCGAACAAAGAGUAGAAGAUGUCCGACUUAUCCGAGAGCAGCAUCCUACGAAAAUCCCAGUGAUAAUAGAACGGUACAAGGGUGAGAAGCAGCUUCCUGUACUGGACAAAACCAAGUUCCUUGUACCUGAUCACGUCAACAUGAGUGAGCUCAUCAAGAUCAUUAGGAGGCGCUUACAGCUCAACGCUAAUCAGGCGUUCUUCCUGUUAGUGAAUGGACACAGCAUGGUGAGUGUGUCCACGCCGAUCUCUGAAGUAUAUGAAAGUGAGAAGGACGAAGAUGGGUUCCUGUAUAUGGUAUAUGCCUCUCAGGAGACAUUUGGAAUCAAAGUGUCUGUGUAAGACUAGAAACAUGCAUCUGUUAUAAUAGAGUUUUUUUUAAGCCCUUACCAAGGAAAAAAAAGGGAUAUUACCAACUGAGAUUGAUCCGUUCAUCCAAUCACAGAUCAUCAAAACAGUAGUGCUCCUGCCUAGGAGAUGUAGGAAGUUGUUUUGUGCCGCAAGCAGAAAGAUGGAGCUCCGAACGAGCACAUUCAGCUUUGGAAAAACUAUUAUUUAACCUAGGCUGUUUUGUUUUCAAGUUUAGUAGAAGUUUAAAAAUAAAAUACUUUGCAUUCUAAGUUGCCAAUAAAAUAGAACUUCACGUUAUUUUAAUGUUCUUUCCCCUUGAGGAACUUGCAAUUUAAUUUAAGAAUUCAGAGAGAAAUUCUUUUCUAGGUUCACAGAACCGGCCAACCUUCUGUAGAAGGGUUUCUACUCAACUAGAGAACUCUCUUUAAGAGGAUCUUGGAAGCAUAAGUGGUCAAGCAUAGCCCCCUUCCUGCCCACCCCCGUUGGCCAUAAUAGUGGGCAAAAAGCAGGGAAAAUUGGGGUGUACAAGGAAACUCUGAAUUGCUUCUCAAGGUUCCUGACUCCUAGUGUAAGUGUGCCUGGAGGCCACACCCCUGCAGUGCUGGGUGGCGGGCGGGGAUUCGUUUGCUUCUCUAGACAGUAAAGCACCACUGCUCAGUAAGAACCUUGAAUAACUUAAAAUUUUGGUCUAGUUUCUGAAGGGGCCCAGGGAAGAAAAAUGUGACAUUUCUUUUGGUUUGUAUAUUCUCUGAGAGGUUAAACUGUCUGCUUUGGUAGAGAAACAAGCUGUUGGCGCAGUUUAGUUCGUUAGGACAGUGGUAGGAACCACAGAACACGGAGACUAAAGCAUGAAAAUUCAGAUGCGCUCCCUCUACCUUUUGGCCUAAAGCUGUAGAUGAUCCAUGUUUUAUGUUAAUUGUGUGACUGUUACUAGAAAGUUCCACAUUUUUAAGAGUAUCAGUUGUCACUGUAGGUGAGACAGCUGCCCCGGUUCCUCUGCUCUAAGUGCAUGUCGGUUGUGAAGAAAACAACAAAAGGAGACAUACACUCUUGAUGGAUAUUCAUAUCAAAAGUUAAACAUUUUCCGAGUUCAACUAGAAUAACCAGCGCUUCCUACUACCUGCAUGGGGCUAUUUACUAUUUUUGUGGGAGUAACACAAAAAGAUCACAAACCACGUUGGACUGUACGUGUAGCAAGGAGGUCAUGCUUCACCUUUGUGUAUUUAGACAUGUGUGGAAUACCUGUACCUGUUAGUGGAAGUUACUUAUUAAUGGGGGCGGGGAGCAAUAUUACUGCAUAUGGGCACUUGAGUCCCCGGCCUUCCGACUAUUCCUGCUGCAUGCAUCUGUCCACAUGGCUAACUUUUAAUAUGUGUAUUUUUACAUUAUGUGAAUUCUUAUCAGCCUGUCUUGUUUAGCUUGUACACAUCAUUAUACCUGACAUUCUUGUAACUCUGUGUGAUCAGUAAGAUUCCUACAAGAAAUUCAGCUUUCUAAAAAAAUGCCACAUGGGAAGGGCGACUUCUGUCCCCUGUUAGUGGGCGGUCACUAUAGGAUCUCUAAACCAAGUACAUUUUUAAUGAAUUAAGGUGAAUAAAGGCACAACUAAAAACCA